ACGUACCUCGAAUACAAUAGCGUUGGGCAUCGUAUUGUACUUUUUAACUUCGCUGACUGACUCUCUUCCAAGUCCAAAGAAUCAAACACCUGAGAACACUCCAAAUCGGCCAUUGCGACGAUGUCGUUUACGAAGAUUACCAUGAUGGCGGUGGCGCUCUUGGCGUUAUCUGUUGGCGCGAGCGACAACAACCGGGUGUACUCACCGUGCUUGGACACGACGGUGGCAAGGUCUGACGGGUUUACUUUCGCGAUCGCGUUCGCGGCGAGGAACUCGUUCUUCUACAACAACACCCUCCAGCUGUCCCCCUGUGACAGCAGGCUCGGCCUCUCCUCCAACUCUCAGAUCGCACUCUUCAGGCCCAAGGUCGACGAGAUCUCCCUCCUCACCGUCAACUCUUCCUCCUUCACUCCGGACUCUUAUGGGUAUAUGGUUGCAUUUGCGGGUCGGAAGUAUGCUGCAAGGUCUACUCCUGCUUUUGUUGCAAAUAGUUCAUACACCGUAACUAGUUUUACUCUUGUGCUUGAGUUUCAGAAGGGCAGGCUGCAAAACUUGUAUUGGAAACGGGAUGGUUGCGCCAAAUGUUCUGGAAACUCUAACUUUGUCUGCCUCAACAACCAGGAUUGCGCAAUCAAAACAUCCAGUUGCAAGAUCCAUGGAGGCACUGUAGACUGCAGUCUUGGGAUACAAUUGGCAUUCUCCGGUACAGAUAAGCACCUUUCAGCUCUCAACUCAUGGUAUGAAGUGGAAAACCUUCGUCAGUACUCGCUUUAUGGCCUUUAUUCAAAUCUCAAGGAUUCUCUCACUAGCCAGUAUGACAAGAUCUUCUAACUGCACUUUGGCUGGUUUUAAGGUUUUUCCUGGUGCUAUAUAUUCAUUUUAGCGUUGGAUAUAUAGAUGAAUGUUGGAACUUCUUUUACGGUGAGGAUCCUCUCCCCCCCCCCCCCCCUCUCUCUUCCCUUGACAAAGGAUCUUCAGAGUUAUGGACUGUAUAUAUAUGUACUCUUUCCCUUCCAAUUGUGUAAAUUUAUAUGCUUAAAACCUCUUUUUGUAAAUUUCUAUUCUACUUGUCUAGGAUUUAACAGACUUCGCAGACUGAACACUCUUCAAUUCCAUAAUUUUAUCCCCAUCUUGGUAGUU